UCACCCACCCUUAAAAACUGAGCCAAUCGAUCUGUUGAUGUAUUAGCGUUAAGCGUGAAAAGGAAGGGCAAGAAGGCCUUACAGAGAGAAAAGGACCGAAUCGUUGCUGACAUUUCAGUAUCCUUUGGGACCUUGUCAGCAAUUUGCUUGACAUUUACACCAUGGAAAGACUUCCAAAAACGGAGAUAAUUUGGCAUAUACAGCCAUUCUACCUUAAGUUUUAACGCUUUGCAAAUAACAGUUGGAUAAGUUCUGUUAGAAAAAUGGGAAAAGAGAACCGAACUGCCACUAAGCGUAAAACUUGGUGCUCUGUAAAAUCUUUUACAGUUUUCACGGUGUCGAUUUUCAUUUUAAUAUGCAAAAAAGGAGUUGACUGUCAAACCACGACGGACGACCCUUCAACAACGAUGUUCGACGGCACCACACCAAUGCCAGACAAUGCCACAACAGCUAUGCCAGACAAUUCAACAACGAGUAUGCUGGACAAUUCAACAACAGCCAUGCCGUACAAUACGACCACAGCUUUUAACAAUAAUACAGAUUGGAAUACGACCACAACGGUAGGAAACUAUAACAUGACUGACGGGAACGAAACAACGACACAGGUGAUUACAACAACACCACCCACAACUACGACAACCACAGUAACGACUACGACAACGCCAACUACGACCACUCCAACGACAACAACCUCCACCGCACCCUUGUCCAGUACAGACUUAACUGUUGUUAUAUCUUUAAAUCAAACUUUUGACAAUUCGUCAAAUUCAAGCAUGGCAUCGUCUUCUUCAGAAGGAGCGGCUGCAAUGGGUUUUAUUGAAUUCUGGAACAUGAUUGUUGAUUUUUACAACACAGACGACAACUUAGCCAUUUACCUGAUGGUCCCUUUGACUCUGUUUAUAUACGGCGGGGCCGCUGUUGUAUACCUUGUAGGCUCCUUUAUUGAAACGUACUGCUUGAAAAAACCACCACCAAACUUCAAAAAAUCCAAACGUCGUAAAAGGGGUAUCGUGGUUUUGAGCUUAGACGAGUUGAGAAAGGCUGUUGCAAUGGAAGGGAAGCUCCCAAAGUGGAAAUCGGAGAAAUACAAAAAAGCACUGCUGUCAAAAGUGACGGGGACCAAGUCCAAAGCCCCUCCGCCUGCCAAGAAGGAGAAUGGUCCUCGGUGGAAAACCGAAAAGGGGAAACAAGGAAUUGUCAAUCCUGUGUUUGAUGAAAAUGAUAACGACGAAGAAAUAAUCAAUAAAGAUGUUACGCGAAAUGUUACAAGUGUUGAAUUGACUCUGGACGAUGAGAUAGCCGAGAUCUUUGGCAACACGUGGGAUGAAGACAGUGAAAAUAAGUCUAGACAGUCUCGAACACAACAAAAGCGAUACAAAAUGGACUCCCCUCCUGCAUCUCCGCCCGUAUCUCCGAUACCAGCCGGCAAGAGACCUGAGAGAGUAUCCACGCCAAUUAUUAACUAUGAAUUCAAGGCAGGCUUUGUUCCAAAGUGGAAGUCUACAAAAACUAAAAACAUAGCAGUGGAAAUGUACGGCGAUCGCGUCCGAUUUACAGACAAAUUUUCAGACGAGAAUCCGUUCGAGCUCGAUGAUUUUGAUCAUGAGCUGAUAGACGAAAUCACGCUGAAUAUGGCAUUUGACGACGAAAUUGAAAGUAAACCUACCACCCAAAUGACUUUCAGAGAAUCCACUAAAGUAGCGUCGGAUACUGUGCCUUCAGAAGAUCUACAAAAAUCUAAACGAACGCCAGAUCAGAAAAUAAAACAAUCUGAGGAAGAUGAGCCUGAGAUAAGUAAGAGUUCUUUACAAAAACCGCGAAUGUCUGCCCAAACAAAGACACUCGAUGAAAGUGGGCUGAUCAGUCGAGUAGCAAGCAGUACUUCAGGUACUUCCAAAAUAAACAAGUCCACACCAUUGCAACCAUCUUCUGCUCCAAAGGCGAAGGUAAUGGGCACAGCAAGUCUAGCUGUCGCCCGUGGUGCACUGGAAGCCAAGCCAAACAGACGCAGGGAAUCAGAGCUGAAACGAAUGAAAGGGGAUUCCAGAAGUGUCCCAGGCUCUCGAAUGGCUACUACAAGAAUAAGCCCAGAAAUCGAUUCAUCCCAAGCUCGCAGAGCGCCUUCAGUCGGAGGAAAGCCAGCCAAAAAGCCUACCCCAGAGCCUCCUCCUAUCAAGACGCGAAAACCUGCUUGGAGAUCAAAAGAUAAAGCUGUGAAAAUUGAUAUUGACGGCAUAACAGAUGCGGAUGACUAUGUUUAAGUUGUAAAGAAUUCAUGGAAUUGCUACUAUAGUAAAAAUAAGAAAUAAAAUAAAGAACAUUUUAAUGGUAUAUGUGUGAUACAUGAAUUUUCGUGUAGAUAGCUUUUCACUGUAAAUAACUAUUACCGUCCCUGCUGUUAUUUAGCAGAUUCCUGAUAAUUUAUCCUAAACUAAGACGAUAAAUGCAUAAUUUGAAAUGUUUUCAUGAUGUAAUAUCAUGCCUGUCGAUUAAUGUGACAGUUUGUACUAAUUACAUGUACAUUAAAAAAUCAGAAAGUGUAGUAUGUAAAUUAUCAAAUCAGGAUUUCACGUUUUGUUAAUCGUAUUUCCAUUUCUGCCAAAUGAAUGGCUGUACUCUAUGUAAAGAAUUAUCUAACAAACUUACUUCACAGUUGAGAAAUGUGAGACGUAAAACGAUAAUCGAUUUUGCUAGCGUCGGAUGUAAUGACUGCUAUACGUUACUGGGCGAUUGAAAAGACUAUAUUUUAUCAAAAAAAAUUAAUAACAGCGGAGAAUAAGAGAGGAUUGAAGGGCGAUGAAUAAUAUAUAUAUAUAUUGUUUGUUCGUGAAUUUACUCGUUAAGCAAGAUACUCAUAGAGAUAGGAAUGUUAUUACCGUAUUAAAUCUCGG